AUCUGUUCCUUUAUUUAAGAUAAAAAUGAUCUGUAUUCUGCUGGUGGCUGGACAUGCCUCCUCUCUGGAGGCGGAGAUUGCGGCGGAUAGAUCCGGCAAAUAUUCACACCUGGAGGGCGUUCCUAAGGCACUUUAUCCUGGAGUAGGCGGUAAAAAGAUUCUUGAUUACUGGUGGGAUAUUAUCAAGAGUAGACAACUUUUUUCUGAGGUUUUCCUUGUCACCAAUGCUGAUAAAUAUAAACAUUUUGAGAGAUGGGCAACUGCCAGCGAGUUUCCUGUUGAAAAUAUUAUAAACGAUGGAACAACUAGUAGAGAAGAAAGGUUGGGAGCAGUUAUGGAUCUAGAACUUUGUCUCAGAAUGAAGAGUAUAGGAGAGGAUGUACUAGUGGUUGCUGCUGAUAUGAUAUGCCAAGAUGAAAAGUUUGAUAUUGCUCAGCUGAUAAUAAUAAUAAUAUUAAUAUUUAUAAUAUCUGAAAAUAAUGAUUACAGAAAUAGUAAUAAAAACCGUGAAAGGAGCAAAGAGCGAGGAGAUUUAGCAAUAUAUUACGAGAUGUUAGCCUCAGGUUUUACAAAUUAUUUUUUUGAGAAGCCAACAGGUGAGGAAACCCAAUCUCGAAAUGGCAGUGUGGUUUUCUACUGUUUCCGUCAAUCAACUCUUGAGCUUGUUUCAAGAUAUUUAGGAGAAUAUAAACUAAAGGAAGAACGAAGCUUUGGAUUGUUCCUUCAAUGGUUGAUAAAUGAGCAGGACGGAGAAGUUUACGGGAUGAAACUUCCAACCGGUUUCCAGUUAAUAGGGGAAACUACUCUUUCUGAAUACGAGAAAUGGUUAUCCUUCUUUUCCCAGCAGUGUUCUUCCUUCAGGGGCCUGCACCGUAUAACAAAGCGCGCGUAUGCCCGGGUUGGUUUAAUGGGAAACCCAUCUGAUGGAUUCUAUGGGAAGACGAUCUCUCUGUCAAUAAAGAACUUUUGGGCGGAGGUUUGGAUAUGUGAGAGUGAAAGGUUAAUCCUACAGCCCCAUCCACUCAACGAUCCUACAGAGUUCGGUAGUCUUGCGGAUCUGCACGGUAUUACCAGUAAGGAAGGAUAUCUGGGUGGAUUAAGACUACUACAGGCUACAUGUAAGAAGUUCUACAAUUACUGCUCCGUGAAAGGAAUUGCACUGGCAAAGAGAAAUUUCACACUGAAGUACGAUACCAACAUUCCCAGACAGGUUGGGUUGGCUGGUAGUAGCGCUAUUGUAACAGCAACUCUCAAAUGUCUUAUGACAUUUUUUAAUUUGACAGAAGCAGACCUGCCAAAAGAGGUACAGCCAGACUUCAUCCUAGAUGUUGAGGUAGGAGAACUAAAUAUAAAUGCUGGACUACAGGAUCGAGUAGUCCAGGUCUAUCAGGGACUAGUCUACAUGGACUUCUCCAGGGAUAUUAUGGACUCCAGGGGACACGGAGAGUACAGGAAACUUGAAGUAUCAGAAUUGCCUCAAUUCUUCCUGGUUUAUUCAGGAGAUCCAAGCGAUUCUGGAAAAAUACAUUCUGAUGUUAGGUCGAGAUGGGAGGCUGGAGAUGAAAAUAUUAUUGAAGGAAUGAAAAAAUUGGCAGAAUUAACAGACCUGGCCCUGGAGAGUAUCAAGGAGAAGGAUUGGAUGAGUUUAUCCAGGUAUAUGGAGCUGAACUUCAACAUCAGGUUGGAGAUGUACGGGGAGAACACGCUCGGAGAACAAAAUCUUCAUAUGAUCAGUAUCGGAACCAGGUUCGGCGCAGGCUGUAAAUUCCCAGGGAGCGGAGGAGCAAUCCUUGGUUUACUUAAAGACGAGAACAAGUUUGCCGAGAUGGAACGAGAGUUCCAGAAGCAUGGAUACGUCGUCACUAAAGUUGUUCCAAACCUGCAGUAAUCGAAUUAUUUUUAUAUUUCUAACCUUUAUGUGUAUUUCUAUAUUUCAUAUUAUGUAUGCAGGGUAACCUGCACAAAGAUAGAUGAUGGGUCUAGCCAAACAGCAAAAAGUUUAAAAAGUUGUGCACACCCCCUCCCUCCCAUGUACAAAUUCUAGUACACCCCCCCCCCCCUUAUGCCGGAGCGAGCGAGAGAAAGGUAGUUGACCUAGCCACGGCUGGUUAAACUACAACAAGAUCAAAUUGAACCAGAAGGUGGCAAAACCAUUCAUAAAUCCAUGUUCCCAUCUUAAAUGAGCAACCUUGAAUAAUUUACACUAUCAUUUGUUGUACAUCAAAGAAUUAAUGAACUUUUAUCAGAAUUCAUUCAAAUUAAUAAAAUUGUGAAUUAU